GCGGCCACCUUGAACUAGUUUCGUUUGUUUGUGUGCAGGCGCGAAGAUGACGGGGGAUUUCCGCGCUGAAGCAAAAGAGCUAGACCAAUGGAUUGAACAGUUAUAUAAUUGCAAGCAGCUAACUGAGGCACAGGUGAAAGCACUGUGUGAGAAGGUGGGCUCCUAGUAUUUCGUUGUGGUCACCACAAUUAGGCGAAGGAUAUCUUGACGAAAGAAUCGAAUGUUCAGAACGUCAGGAGUCCUGUUACCGUCUGUGGUGAUGUCCAUGGACAGUUCCACGAUUUAAUGGAGUUAUUCCGAAUCGGAGGAAAGGCACCAAAUACCAAUUACCUGUUCAUGGGUGAUUAUGUUGACCGAGGCCAUUACUCAGUCGAGACUGUGACUCUCCUAGUUGCUCUCAAGGUACUGUCUCCUGAAUCUAUGGUGACGCGUUUAGGUGCGCUUUAAGGAUCGCGUUACGGUUCUUCGGGGGAACCAUGAAAGCCGUCAAAUUACACAGGUUUAUGGUUUCUAUGACGAAUGUCUCAGGAAAUACGGCAACGCGAAUGUAUGGAAGUACUUUACCGAUCUUUUUGAUUACCUACCCCUAACAGCCCUGGUGGAUAAUUCAGUAAGAAUGUUACAUUGUUUAAACAUUCACUAGAUAUUCUGCUUGCACGGGGGCCUUUCACCUUCCAUCGAUACUUUGGAUCACAUUCGAGCUCUGGAUCGCAUUCAAGAGGUGCCACAUGAAGGUCCAAUGUGCGAUUUACUGUGGUCAGAUCCGGAUGACCGUGGUGGCUGGGGAAUCAGUCCCCGUGGGGCCGGGUACACUUUUGGCCAGGACAUUUCGGAAACAUUCAAUCACAGCAACAAUUUGACCUUGGUCAGUCGAGCCCACCAACUGGUCAUGGAGGGCUACAACUGGUGUCACGACCGCAACGUGGUGACGAUCUUCAGUGCUCCUAACUAUUGCUACCGAUGUGGUAAUCAGGCAUCACUGAUGGAACUGGAUGACAAUCUGAAGUAUAAUUUGUGACCUACAAUUCGACCCGGCACCGCGCCGUGGGGAACCGCAUGUGUCCCGCCGCACACCAGACUAUUUCUUGUAACCACUGCUUCCGGUUUCCCACACGCCUUCCGAUCCAUUUCCCAAUCAUCUCCAUCUUCGCUCCGGUCCCUGGUUCACACCACCCAGGCUACGAUUGUUCUCAAUGAAUGGAGCGGCUCACUUAGUUAUCGCUUUGUACUUGUAAUUAUUCCAAAUUAGUACCACUGUCUUUGCAUACGAGCGCGCACGUCCAUUUGCCCUCCCCCCACAAAAGACCGCGGUUGUUCCACAUACCCAGCGCAUUCACCCCUUUUAUCUCACCGCCCGGAAACCAAAGUCCCACUCGGAAGAACGUUUUACGCGGAGUUCGACUAGGACGUUCAUUCUCGUUCAUUCUUCAUUCAACCAUCCGCUCAUGUGGUGCAUAUAUCUGUGCGUUUUUUCUUCGUUUUUCUUGGUUUUGACGAUACCCGGCACGAUCGUGUAUCACUCGCCGGCAGAUGCAUUGGUCGUCAACGUGGGCACCUCUGAUUGAGUUUUCUUGGUUAUGAGAUUAUCGUUCAAUUGCACAUGCUUCCUGGCCACCUUGAGUUUCUAGCGCUGACUUGUCCUUAUCUUCUCUACCCGUCCACUUGCAUGUUCUCCCUAAUUUUCCGCUCCCACUUAUUCUCGUCUUCAAAUAUGCCGCCUUUCUGGGUCUGCUGACGUUUUUAUUACAAAAUUGCCAUCCGAUCUGUCUCACUUGAAGCGCGCAUGGUCACCUUUCGGUCUGCACACGAGCCCAAGGCAUGUAAUAAAC